AUGUGUAUGUGUAUACACGGGGAGGAGUGGGAAGGAGAGGACAGCGAAGUAUCAGACGAGGGGUGACCGUGUGGGGUGUACGACACGAUUAUUAUGUUAUAUGCAUGCGACGUCGUCCGUGACAUCGUGUCGCGUAAAGUGUAAUAAAAAGCGGUAUAAAAGAGUGCGCGCGAUACCUUCUCAGCGCGCUUAUCAUCAUCAUCGUUAUGGCUCCGUUCGCGUGGACCUUCCGUGGCAAUAUCAAUCGGUUUUUCGUCGACGCACAAAUCUUGCAGUAUCUGAUCGUGCUAGUGAGCCUGUUCAAUCUCUCUCUCUGCCUCUACGAGGAUCAAGUCGGCAAAUUCGAUUGGAGACAGAAUUAUGUCGGCAAAAUUAAAUUCGCCAGCUUUGAUACGGUGUCGACGGCGAAGAAGAUCAUCGUCGCCACCGAGGAAAACGUCAUCGCCGCGCUUAAUCUGAAAUCAGGCCAAAUAUUAUGGAGGCGAGUGUUGGAGAAAGGUUAUGGCGGACAUAUCAGAACUCUAGGAGGUGUUGCUGAUGGAGAUCUGAUAUCUGUCAGUGGAGGUGUUCCUGCCAUUGUUCGCGCUUGGGAUUUGGCAACUGGGCAUAUACUUAAUGAGUGGCCAAUAGCUGAGCAAAAUACUGAUAGGAUAAAAGAUGUAAAAUGGCAUAUCAAAGAUGGAACAUUACAUCAUAUACUACCUAUUUAUAAUAGCGGAGUUGAAGUAACAUCUUAUGAUAGUAAAACAGGAGAAAAAUUAAAGACUAGAAGAGUUUCUGCACCAUUUAUAAGUCAAGAAACAGAAUGCGUUCUGGCAGCUCCAUAUUUAGCAUGUUUGAAGGGAGAUAGUUCUUUAGCUAUAGUGAUCCUAGUACAUCUAUUUGAUACUAAUGCACAGCCACAGUCAGUUACAAUCAAUACAAUAUUCGGGGCUGGCGCACAAGGGCCAUAUAAACUAGAAUCUGUACUUGGAGAGGAACCUGUAAUUUCCAUUAAUGCCGAUAACGACCAAAGAAAGCGGAUUCUGAUUAUCGGAGAACUUCCAAUUCCUAUACAGAGAGAUAUUGUUGGUGAUGCAACGCUUUAUGUUGUUUCUAUUGAUAAUGAGAAAGUACUUUUGGAAACAACAUAUAAAAAUGGAAGAAUAGAAAUAGCAGCUACAGAUCUCUCGUCGUCCACACCUUUACCUGAUUUAUCGGUCACUUUAACACAUACUUCUAUACAAUCUCCGGCUAUAAUGGCAUCUGUUUGUCCGCGUCAAACGAAAGGAAUAACAUGCCGUCAUUUGUUAUCUUCGCAAGAUCACAGCAUUGCGUUAUUGCAACAUAAUAAACUAGUAUGGGCGAGAGAAGAAGCACUUGCCAGUAUUGUAGCUGUUGAAAUUAUAGAGUUACCUAUGUCCGACAGAGAUCAAGCUAUUGAAACGGAAUUUGAUCAAAAAGAGAGUAUUGAUGUAGACAGUUCAUGGGAUGUGUUAAGUAUGUUUUUACGAAGAAUUACUUCACAAAUUAAUCAAGCCAGAGCAUUCUUUCAAACGAUAUUGGAUUUAGGACCUCAGCAAUCCAAUCAACGUAUCGAUCUCGUACGAGAUAAGUUCGGUUUGCACAAAAUGAUCGUAGCCGUUACAGCCGCUGGCAAGUUGUAUGGUAUUGAAACUAGGAGAGGUGAAAUUAUUUGGCAACUCAGACUACCUAAUAUCCGUGGUUUCACAAAACUAUCUAAUAGAAUGAUCUUAUAUGUACAAAGAGGUAGCAGACACUUUCCUCAUCCACCUCAAUGUGCAUUAUUAGCAGAAGACAAGGAAACUGGAGAAGGCGUUGUAUACACUUUUAAUCCGAUUACCGGACAACCGUUGGACGGACUGGUGAAACUUGGCUACAAAAUUAAGCAGUCUAUGCUACUGCAUGUAACGACCGAUGACUUCUUGCGCGGUAUCCUCAUUCUUGAUGCACGGGAUAAAGUUCACGUUUAUCCCGACAGUGCUAUCACAGUUGCGGCUUCACUCGGCAAGAGUACAUAUCUCUUUACUGCUGAUCAAACGACAGGGAUAUUGUCUGGCUUCUCUCUUUCAUAUAGCACAACUCAGGAACUAAUCGCUCACAAGGUAUGGGAAUUGUUACUAUCGCCGAGAAAUCAAAGAAUAACACAAGUUGUAGCGAAAAAUCCGAUAGAACGUGUGCAUUCACAAGGAAGGGUCUUAAGUGACAGAUCGGUAUUGUAUAAGUAUAUUAAUCCUAAUUUAGUGGCUGUGGUGACAGAAGGUAUCGGACAUGCUCAUAAAAAUACACUUAAUUUAUAUCUAUUGGAUGUAGUAUCCGGGGCUAUGAUUUUCUCCAUCACGCACAAGAGAGUACGCGGUCCAAUCCAUAUUGUGCACUCAGAAAAUUGGUUGGUAUAUGGUUAUUUUAAUGAAAAAGGACGUAGAACAGAGAUUGCUACAUUAGAACUCUAUGAAGGAAAAAUACAGAGUAACACCACAGUAUUUUCUUCUUUAGCAACAAUUAAAUUGCCAAUUGUAGAAAGGCAAGCUUUUAUUUUUCCGGCAUCUAUAGAGUAUAUGCAGGAAACAAUCACUGAAAAGGGUAUUACUAGCAAACAUAUAAUAGUUGCUUUAGCCAAUGGUGGAAUAUUAGAGUUGCCGUGGAUGAUGGUGGAUCCACGACGGCCUACUAAUCCUGAAAUGCGAGAAGAAGGAGUAAUACCAUAUAUGCCCGAAAUUCCAAUCCAUAUGGAUGCUAUUAUUAAUUACAACCAAAGCGUUUCUAGGGUUACGGGUAUUCAUACUAGUCCCAGUGGCCUUGAAAGUACUUGUUUAGUUUUUGUACAUGGUCUUGACCUAUUUUAUACAAGAGUGGCACCAUCUAAAACAUUCGAUGUCCUAAAGGAGGACUUUGACUAUUAUCUUAUUGUGAUAGUACUCGCCGCGUUGUUGAUCUCAUCGUACAUCACCAAAAAAUUAGCAUCCCAAAAAGCUCAGAAACAAGCAUGGAAAUGAUGCCUCUCUUUUCUAGAAUCAUGUAAUAUUUAUGAAUCUGUUCACUAUAGGCAAGAAUUUUUGCUAAAAAUAACUUGUAAAAUAUACUGUUUUAUAAAUAGUUAAUUUUAAAGAA